ACCGCGCGAAAUGAGUUUGUGUAGUCUCUGUUUUGCUGAUUACGAAGCAUGAAAUCGAUAGGAUAGGUGAAUUACGUUGCGAUGAGCACUACUAGCAGUUAUCUGGAAAGCGGGGCGCUUGAAAGGCUCGUGAACGGUGAGUCACCAGUGAAUGUUGCUCGACGUGAGCCUGCAGAUGAUCUGUUUGGAUCUCGUUUCGAACCUAACGCAUUGGGCACAUCGACGAGACAGAUGUUUGUAUUACUGAGACAGAAAAUAAACGAUCUAACAGCUCUCUCAUUGCCAACAACUUCUAAUAAAUCAAACGUAUCAUUGGAAUCUGCUGUGAGGGAUGGAUAUAGACAGUGUGUUGUGUUUAUGUGCUAUCUUCAAGACUAUGUUUUCAGAAAAUUUCAAACUCCACAUUGUUGUUCAUGUUCACUUAUGUCACACACAGAUGAGGCUGGCAUUUUGCUUCAGCAGCUCAGGGUUUUAAUCAAGCACGUUGGGUGCCUAUCACUCACUCCUUUGUCGGCCGUGGAAGCUGCAGGGUCAGUCAGCUUUAUGGAAGGCUAUAGCGCAGGAACAAAGUCUUGGGUGUCUCGUGUCUUGUUUCAACUUAAGCUGGACAUUCAUUGGGGAGUCAUUGAAGCUCUCUUCAGGUUACAGUUGGGAAGAGUAGGAAGACAACUGAUGGAAGUUUCUAAUGAGUUUAACGUGACAGUGACUGGUCAGAUGUCAGAGCUGGUGAAAGAGCUAAUUUUAAUUGCAGCAAAGUGGAAGAACUCUGCCGCAAAGCCAUCGAUUGAUUUUCCACCAAAGCACAUACAAGAUAUGUGGGUACGAAUAGUGCAUCUCAUCCAGUGGAAUGCUAAACAAGAGCACACUGCACCAUUCUGGUCAGUUGUGUCUGAAAUAUUAACGGCAACAUUUCUUUCAAAUUCAUCAGGAGCAGGUCGUGUGUCUUCAGAAUCUAUUAGUUUUUGUUGGUGGCUACUCACUAAGUUGGCUCCUUUAUUUUGGUACGACAUUAAGGGAAAUCAUCAACAAAACCAGCACGCAACUGUUGACAGCAAUUGGGUGUUUGUUCUUGAUCUUAUCAAGAUCUCAUUUCAAGGCGACAAUGCCGCUGACGAACAGCCAAAUGAGAUGAGAUUGAGAGAAUAUCUGUGUUGUUUGUACUCAUUUUGCAACCAUUGGGCACCAAGUGUGGAUGCUGUCAGCUUGCUGUGGGACGUCUUCAGUAAGCGUCUGAAUGAUCACUUUGUUGUACCUGGAAAUGCCAUUCAGGAACUUGGAGUUCCAAACUCUCCCACUGCUCUUUUAGAGCACACUAAACGGCUGUUAAAUCAUGACGUUAUGAGGACACUUAACAGUUUUCACUGCUUUCUGCGUGUGAUGAACAGAAUCAUCGUUGCAACUGGAGUAAGUGGCUGGAAGCAAAUGAAAGGAAGGUUCUAUUCGAAGUUUCAUCGUAGGAAGCUUUUGGAGCUGACUGAAAUGGGUCUAGCCAACUUCAACAGUUUGUUCUUAGUGCUGGCAUCUAUAGGUGAUACACAGGAUGUUGGCAAAAAGAUGAUAGAAUUUACUGGGCUUGUAACAAGUGGGAAAUCUGUCGAUAUGGCCAAAUGUCUGGCAGUUUUGAGAGGUCAGUUUGCAUUGCUGUUGUUAUGUGGAGAGAAACAGCAAGACCUAAAAGGAAUUGGUGAAUCUGUUGUCUCCACAUUCCAUGUAUGGCUGACAUUUUGCUUGGAGCAGCCAUUAGGGAGCAGCAAGAGAUCUGCACUAUGGAAAGUUAUGAUUUGUUAUGUUGAAAAUGUACAGUGUGUUGUCAUCGCUAGCAGGCAAUUGACCAAUUCAGAACACGUCCUAUUGGACGUCGAUUUGGCAUCUUUCCUUGUUCAGUGUGAAAAGAACGAGCUGUGUCGCUUACUCAAUUGCUUCUCAUCAAUCUUAUCACAUUUUGUACAAAUAGCGAUGCUUGAAAUUGACAAAGACAGAGCAAACUUAGCUCACAUGAACUCUCAACACAGAGAUUUUACAGCUGUGUUGUGGCAAAGACUGUAUCCUUUCAUUAAGACAAAGUCAAAAGACAUCCAUCUACCUAUUGCAGUUGCAAGGUGUGUUGCUGAUGUUGCGGUUGGGUUUCUUCGUCUUGUUUGUCAUGAUGGCCAUCAGUUGGGACAACCUGGUACCACGUUUGAAGCCGUUGCCCAAGGCUUUGCAACAAGCGAUGCAGUUCAUGUGUGGACAGCCGUACCGUUUAUUCGUCAAGCAUUGGGAGAUGAAGUGAUUUCAUUGCAGAUUUGUAGUAGCGAAUGUAUUCAGAGUGAAAUCAUUCAUACGUGGUUGCGUUGUGUAUUGACUUCAUGUCAGUCGUCUGGUGACACAGUGGCAACGGCUGCUCAUCUCAGUGAGAUGGAGGAUCUUACUGAGGUGAUCAUGCAACUACCAGAGAUGAAAGAAAUCUUUGGACAACUCCGUAUUGAUCACUCAACUGAGGUUGCAACAUUGAACAAUGUUGAGCAGAGUUUACACUGUUUUGUAAUCUCUGUUGGAAAGUUGCAUUGCCAGCUGGUUGAAAGUCCUGCUGCAAAGAAGCUGGGUCUUCAAAUGCUUUCUUACUUAGGAGACCUGCCAAAGUAUUUGGAUCCCGUCCUUGCUAACCCAACCUCACCCACCAACUCUGUGAAACUUGUGUAUGAUUUUUGCGGCCUUCUCGUCAAGUACUGUCAUCAGAUUAUAUACAAAGCUGGUCAGACUGGAUGCUUGUUACCACGACUUCUCAAUAGGUUGUUGCCAUGUGUGGGCAAAAAGGCUAUUCCCCCCGCUGUAGAAAGUUGUAGACGCCGAAGUGUGUGCAUGGUUGGAGAGCAGUAUCAUUUGUUUACAGAUACUUGGUGUAAAUUGGAUUUACAGUUUCUUGAAGGGUUGGCUUGCCUCUUCCCAGAUGGAUUUGCCAAGAGAAAGUUUAGAGAAAUAUUUUCGCAGUACUUUGCUGAAUAUCUCAAAAAAUCAGUAGAUGGAGGCUCUUUAGCUGUUUUUGAGCCAUUUAAGGAACUCUUGACUAUGCCAUCGUUAGUGCUGGAAUCAGGAUCAUUUGUGAAUGAAGUGCGACAGGUAGCGAUUGAAAUAAUCAGGGAUCAUUUUCUGUCAUUGCCGAGGCCUCCGAAAGAACUUAGACCUGUGUUGCAGUUUGUUCAGCAGUUGUUCAAGACAAGCGGAGUUGAUCAAAUAGCAAGGGAUACAAAAUGUUUGCUACCAUCCGUCCUGGGUUGCCUCCUGGCAUGUGAGCAACGUUCACAAGACAAUAUGCUAGAAGGAAUGAAAUCUCUUUUGACAGACUUGUUGGAAAUGAUGUUGCGAGCAGCUCGUAGACACAGAGAAAUUUUAUCAAAACAGAUGUUGUUGACUAUACUGACUGCUUUCUUGUUGUCCAACACAAAGCUGUCUGGGGCUCUUGUCUUUCGACCGCUUUGCUUAAUUGCUCACCUUGACCAAGAAUUGGCUUUGGAAUUACUUGGCAAAACUCGUCAAGCUGUCAAUGAAAUUGAAUUGUCAAGAGGCACGGGCACAGACAUCAGUCUGAGGACUGCAUUGGAAGAAUUUUCAAAGAUUGUACAAAAUACUUGAGGUUGUUUGUUAUAUCUGGGAAGUCAACAUUUAUGAGUCAGUGGACUUUAUCUUGACAGACGAGGUCUGUGAACAGGCAUUAGAACACUAAAACUGUCAUAUGUCACGUUGGAACAGGCAGGAUAACAGUCACAGACAUGGAAAUACUGCAAACCUUCAUCCUGAAGUAAUCUAGCAUACAGUAACCUGUUUCUAGUGCAGGUUAGUACAACUAAAAACACAAAGAUUGUAUAUAUAUAUAAAUGUUUAAACAUUCUAUGGUACAUGUGUAAACAUGCAAAGCAAUGGUUGUAAAUCUGUUCAAUUAAGUUAUCAUGUAUGUAC